AAAUCAAAGCGCAGGCGUCGAGUCGGGAGGGAGCCUAUCUUGCGCAGACUGGGUACUGUACAUGGCCAUUGAUGCUGGUGGAUAGAUGGAGCCCCUGAUGUAAAUAAGAAUGGCGAGGGCAACGGGUCUAACGUACCGUGUUAUCUCUGCUUGACAUCGGAACAUUGUAUGCUACCAUCGGGAUUGUAGAAAAAGCGAGUUCCUUUCUCGUUUUCUUCUGAAUCUGCCUGGACAGCACGCCUGAUGGUUUUUAUUUGACACAAGAGCCAAAGCAGACGGGCGGCUUCUUCUAAUAAACACUCGGGAAAAACAGGUCAUUAUGACCUUAGUAUCCUCCAGUAAAAGAAAACCAUCGGAUUGCUUUUACGCGGCAGCAUUCUGCUUGCAUUUUUUAAUUUGGAUUUCGUGUGCCGUGUCCGGAGAGGAGGAUCAUCAGUUCAGCGUUGAGGGAUGGCUACAGAGGUAUGGCUACCUUCCCCGCACAGAACCGGAAAUGUCUGUCCUGCGCACAGUCCAAACCAUGCAUUCAGCCAUUGCUGCCAUGCAGCGGGUCUAUGGUCUCAAUGUCACAGGGACACUGGAUGAGAAAACUAAGGAUGAUAUCACACUGAGUUGGAUGCAAAAGCCUCGCUGUGGAGUUCCGGACAAAGUUAAAAGUGCUUCUAGGUCACGGACAAAGAGAUACGCGCUGACUGGCCAGAAGUGGCAGCGUACACACAUCACCUACAGUAUAAAAAAUGUCACACCUAAGGUGGGUGCCCGGGAAACCCACGAUGCCAUCCGGCGGGCGUUUGACGUAUGGCAGGGUGUGACUCCUCUGCGCUUUGAGGCCGUUCCAUACAGCGCCCUGGAGACUGGCAGGCGUGACGUGGACAUCACCAUCAUCUUCGCUUCAGGAUUUCACGGUGACAGCUCACCCUUCGAUGGGGAGGGAGGAUUCCUUGCCCACGCCUAUUUCCCUGGCCCAGGGAUAGGAGGGGACACACACUUUGACUCAGAUGAGCCCUGGACCCUGGGGAAUCCCAACCAUGAUGGAAAUGACCUGUUCUUGGUUGCGGUUCAUGAGCUGGGCCAUGCUCUCGGUCUGGAGCACUCCAACGACCCCACUGCUAUCAUGGCUCCUUUCUACCAGUACAUGGACACAGAGAACUUCAAACUACCUCACGAUGACUUACAGGGCAUCCAGAAAAUCUACGGUCCACCAGAUAGAGCCCCGCAGCCUACCAGGCCCCCGCCCACGGCCCCUCCUCCUCGAUUUCAUCCUCCCUCGGACCCCCGCAAGCAUGACCGACAUGCCAGACCCCACCGCCCCCCACAGGGGGCCAAGCCCUCCAACCCUAACUCUAAACCUAACAUCUGUGAUGGAGGCUUCAACACUCUGGCCAUCCUACGACAGGAGCUUUUUGUGUUCAAGGACCAGUGGUUCUGGAGGGUACGGGACAACUCAGUAGUCCCCGGCUACCCCAUGCAGAUCAGCUACUUCUGGAAAGGCUUGCCUCCCAAAAUCGAUGCUGUCUAUGAAAAUAGUGAAGGGAAAUUUGUCUUUUUCAAAGGAAACCGUUUCUGGGUGUUCAAGGACACAACUCUCCAGCCUUCAUACCCUCAGGACAUCUCGCUGUUCGGGAGCGGCAUGCCCACUCAGAGUAUUGAGACAGCUGUCUGGUGGGAGGAUGUCGCCAAAACCUACUUCUUUAAAGGAGACAGAUACUGGAGGUACAAUGAGGACAUGAGGACCAUGGACCCAGGUUAUCCCAAACCCAUUACUAUCUGGAAGGGCAUCCCUGAUUCUCCACAGGGAGCUUUUGUGGAUAAAGCCAAUGGUUUUACCUACUUUUACAAGGGAAAGGAGUACUGGAAAUUCAACAACCAGCUGCUUCGCGUAGAGCCCGGUUACCCAAGAUCCAUCCUGAGGGACUUCAUGGGCUGUGACGGCCUCCCUGCAGACCCCGACUGGGACUGGAACCCCCCAGUGGCGGAGGAGCGCCAAUAUGACAAUGGCGACGCGGACGUUGUCAUCAAACUGGAUAGCUCUGGUGGCACGGAAAAAGCAGUGGCCAUUGCUAUCCCCUGUGUCCUGGCGCUGUGCAUGAUGGUCCUCCUCUACACCGUUUUCCAGUUCAGGAGGAAGAGCACGCAGCGCCACAUACUGUACUGCAAGCGCUCCAUGCAGGAGUGGGUGUGAGGGGUUGCUACUGCACUGUAUAGAGAGGAGUGUGAAGCUCAGAUAAGGUCUAGUUAUUGCUUGAAGCCCUAAGUACAGUAAUUGGAAGCACUGUAAAGGGUGCAGUACAUAAGGAUUGCCAUGUUGGCAGAUUUUAAAACUGCUCGAACCCCUAAUGUGCAAGCUGCAAGAAAGCAAAAUGAUCAGCAGAACUCAACCGAGGACAGUGAGGCAGCCACAUCUCCUAUGUCCAACUGAUAUGUAUGUAUCUGCUUAGACUUUUUUUCUGUAUCUUGGAACGAACUCAAUUAAGUGAGACAGAGUUAAGCUACUGUACUGUAAGUGGGACCUUUGUCUAUCCUUGUCCUUGCACGCCGCUUAAAAAGCCCCUAGCAACUAACUUCAGUGGACAAAUUAGAUAUAGGCUUCUACUUUACUUUAAUUUCUUAAUUAAAUUGCCCUGAGCUGUGCUUUCUUUUUUCUUUUUUUCUUUCUUUCUUUCUUUUGGGGUCUCUGUAAACGAUUAUUCAUUGUGUGGAGGACUGAUAUACGAACCAAAUAUGACCUUUUCUUCCAAAGAGGAUUACUGCUUGAUGUUGUUUUUAAUGGGAUAUUUUUCCUCCAUAGAUCAAACAUUGUGGCAUCAUACUCAGAUUUUCUUUUGCCAUUUCUAUUCAUAUCCACCCGUCUGCUCUGUAAUCUGUGGGGAUAGCAAGCAGCCGUUAGUAAGAGCUCAGAACUCAAGACUGUUGUGGCAGUCUGUCUCCAAAACAGGGGCCAAAAAUCUCUCUGCAAUAUUUAUGAGACUGCCUUAAUCACAGAUAGCUUAAACUCACUUCUCUUUCUCUCUCUGUUUCUCUGGUAGCUGGUUAUAGAUUAACACAGCAGGAACACAAACAGUGUAUGAAGCCAUUAAUUACUGCCCAUAAUGCUAUUCCAAAAUGAGUAGGUCAGGACAGUUUGAUCACAAUGCAUUCAUUGCGCUUGAAAAUGUGUUAAGCUGUACUAAAAGAUUUCGACUUGAUGAUAGUAAAUAAUAUCAGCUAUCAUUUUGCCUCACCAGAGGGUAUGAGAGACAAAGGAAAGGCUAGUUGUGUGUGUGCAUGUGUGUGUGUCUGUGUGUGAAAGAGUAAUUACCCACAUUAUACUGUAUAUGUACCAUACUGUGGUGUCAGUUAUUGAACAGCUAACAUCCCGCUUCCCUUAUUUAGACACUAACACUCCAAACACGUUUUAAACUGCUUUACUAAUCCAUACAUUUUUUUCAACUUUUAUACAAGAUUUGUAAGUUUACGUAAUAUUUCCCACAGGACAGAACACGGACAAGAAAGAGAAAAGAGAAAGGAUGAAGGAAAGCUGCAAUUUUAAAAUGAUAACGUAUACAGUAUUUCUAAAUAAACAAAAAUCAUCUCUGCUUCUCUGAUUAACCAGGUACACCAACAUUGUGUUAGUGGCCACUGCCCAGAUUGCUUCAUCAAGUUGUACUAAUAGUUUUUGAGGAAAUGCAAAGUGAAGCUGUUGUAAAAAAAAAAAAAAAAAGAAAGAAAGAAAAUACACCCUAACAAUAAAUAAAUAAAAAAGCUUAUCUGAAUUAUGGAUGUCAGAAAAGAAGCUGAACUGGUUUUGGCUGUGUGUUAACAAUAAUAAUGUAAGCAGGUUAUUUUAUGCACUGAAACUCUAAUUAAACAUCAGACUAAAAACUACACUUUUGUUAAAUUAACAAACUACUAAUGCAUUUUUAUAGAACUACUCUAACAUUGUUGGAAUUAACAGGCAUAUUAGAAAACCAAAACCAGCUAAAUUAAGUUAGAUGGUCAAUAUUUCACAUAUAUAUCAUGAUCUGUGGUGUUACACAUGCAGCAUAAAUGUCUCAAAACUUUAAUCAGGUAAGUAUGAAAAACAAAUGAUAAAGCAUUUAAAACAGUAUGAAGAUGGAGCUCAGCUGAGCAGAAGCUUGUUCUCUCCCCCAUGUGUUGCAUUAUAAAUGCAAUAAACAACCUGGAUCCUAAUGAAACAAGCAGUCUUGCCUUUGGCCAGCUGCCCUAAAUGUAACAAUGCGGUUGUGUGGUGUAGCGUUUCUCUGAAUUUGCCAGAUGACCUGUUUGUGAGGACUCAUGGUGUGAUUUCAAAUAUUUAUGCUCCUUGUUUUGUUACUCUUUCACUUGAAAUGAUCAUUGACGUCAACUGUACAGGAUAUCUGACAUAAUCUUUUGUUGAUGUCAAGGCAUUUUAUAACAUAUCACAGAAGGAAUUUGAGAUUUUAAAUUGUAAGUACCUUUGAAUUAUCUAAAGGGUCUGUGGACUGCACCAGAGUCAAUGGGCUGAACCUUAAUUAUUUGUGGUUUUAUCUCAUUAUCAUUUGUAAGGGAUAAAAACUUAACAAUGCAUGCCGUUGUUAAACUAAGAUGUCAUGCUUUCACAGUUGUUGACCAUGGAUCAUUGGGACGCUUGUACUAUUCAGUCUUGAAAUGACUGAUCAGAACUGCAGAUUUCUGUUGGAUGCAUUGACAGAUUGCAAACUGUCAUCUUUUACAAACUAUGUGAAAUAACUAGCUUCCAGUCUGUCCUCCAUGUUUCGAUCUUCAGGUGAUUGCCAAAGUGAUGAAAGAAAAUGUAUGCAUUUCAAAGAAAGGAACAUCCUUCCUUUCCUCGAGCAGUGCUGAACUGUGGUGCAUAUCCGUCCAUGUUGAUCCAUGACCAUUGUAAUUUAAGGUGAAAGCAAAAACCUUUGGCUCAGUGUUGUGUGUGAUGUCUUAUCACUUUGUGUGUUUGUGGUGAGGAUCUGAUGGCACCAGUGAGUAUGAAUUAAUGACAACCAGUGAGGCGAGGGGGUACUGCAUUUAUUGCCGUAUUUAUUCCUCUGUGCUCAGCACCUCAAAUCCUGCAUUGUACUGAAGGCAAGAAGCUGUCAAUAAAAUGGGUCUGAAAUGCAAUUAUUAUUUUUUCUCGUCUCACUGUUACCAAGUAAUCCUCAUCCUUCUGUUACUGCCUCAACAAACAAUUCACCAAUAGUGAAUAUUUAUCCAUCUCCGAGAAGUAAAUCACAGAUGUUGAAGGUUACACAUUUACAUUGGACCUGACCUUUAAGAUGUGGCAUGAGUGAAAGCGGGAAGUCUGAUUUUUCUGACCUGUACCUGCUUAUCUCUUGACUCUUGAGUGCUUUUUUUAAUGUCUGCCUUUGACACGUAAUGCUAAAAAUUAGGGCUAAUUUGGAGUGUCAUUAAAGGAAGUAGAUGGAGCUGAUUAGACGGCAGUCAAUACAGCAAAGACACAAAGAUGCGGAAGAGACGAGGAGCAUUUUUGCAAUGAAUGCAGUCAAGAACAGAUAUUCUACAUGCGGUAUAUACUACAAAGCAUAUGAUAAGUAAACAUACUAUGUACAUAAUCUGUGUUCAUUGUCUGCUUGGGAGAGUUUUGUUUUUAAUCAGUCCAUUCCAUGAAUUAAAAAAGAGUUGUAUGUUGUAAAUAAAACAAGUGCAUAAAGAGCGUGUCCUGUAUCAUGCUGUCACACACAGACAUUCAAAAGCUGUAUAGUACAUCACCCAAAUCAAAGUGACAGCUUAAAGAUAUACUACUAAAGGCUGGUUUCUUUAGGAAACUUGGGGUAUUUCUUGCUGUUUAUAUGACUGGUGCUUUCAGAGGCCCCUGGAGCUCAACUUUGUCAUAAUGUAUAGUUACAAGGAAAUUCUGAGCUGCUGGGUUGUGAGUCCACAUGAAGUGGAUGUCCACAUUUAGUAGUGACUCAUUCUCAUAUAUUAUUAUUGGCUUGGAUUGUGUGAGGCCAUCCAGGUGGGUGAAAGAAAAUCAGAAAUCCUGUUUUUUGUUUGUUUGUUUUGCUUAUCAGUGAUUUGUAAAUG